AAAAUAAAAAGCAGGUCACAUAUCCUAAGGGUGAUUAAAACAGGAUUCAAGUAAGGAAUACUGGAACCACCCAGCUAGAAAAUAGCUGAAUAGAAAGAACCUAUAAUAAAAAAGAAACAGCGGGCACAACUAUAAUGUGCUGAGCGAUCGUUUUUCGGAUCACUUUAAACACUCCUUGUUUUUAUCUUUACAUAUUCUCGUGUUAUGUUGAUACCGCACAAUACGUCAGUUUAAUCAAUCAAAAUAUAUCAAAUCUUAAGAUCAAUGUUGAUAAUGUAAUCUCUAUUGAUUAUGUUAUCAAAUGUUAGGCGAACUGGUACCUGAAAUAUUGAAUAUAGAGAAUUAAAAGGGUUGAAUAUAAAGGUUUAAAGACAUAAUUACUCGAAGACAAAUAGCAUACGGGACUAUAUAUAAUAAAUGGAAUUUAACAUUGAAAACAAUGCAGUGAUGACAAAUGACGACAUCAUGACAUUUCAUUUGCUAGCAUUGAACUUUCUUUCCGUAUAAAUACAACAAAAACUCUGUAUAGUAAAUUCUUGAUAUAUAUUAAAAUGGGAACAAAUGCAUCUGUAGAUAAAGGCUCGAAAAAACACACAGAGGCAUUACAAGAAAUCGCGUCUGAUGAAUGUGUAGAGGAAACGGCCAGUGUCUUGUUUUGUGACCCUUGUAACUCUGCUGGAGAGGAAAAUGAAGCCGUUGGUUAUUGUGUUGAUUGCAAAGAAUGUCUGUGUAGCAUCUGUUAUAAGAGUCACUCAAGAAAUAAACUAUCAAGAUCACACGUUUUAUUGAACCGCGAUGCAAUACCCGGAGAGUUUGCCAAACUUUGUGACUCGUGCAAAGUGGUGAAUGAUGAGAACGAAGCUGAAGGUUUCUGCGGUGAUUGUAAAGAGUAUCUUUGUGCUGAAUGUUUUCAGGGGCAUGCAAGGAACAAGCUCUCGAGACAUCAUAUAAUGUACAGUAAGCACAACAUGCCGCGACCUAUAACCGGGAACUUUCAAGAAAGGGAAAAAAUCAAAGAAGAAAGUACGUACAACGAAGAAUAUCGUUUAGUGUCGUCCUUGAAUGUCAUUAUGAAGCCGGAAGAACAAAAUAGCUAUAUAACUGGAAUUGCUUUAGUAUCAGACCACCAAGUGGUGAUGACAGACGAAUUAAAUAGAUCUCUUAAACUCUAUGACAAGAAAGAGCAUCAUAUUUGGAGUGUGAAAAUGGAAUCAGUUCCAAAUCGAAUUACUUCAAUAUCGCACGACCAAGUUGCGGUUGUUCUACGUAAUGAGUGCAAGAUAAAAAUUUAUUCAAUACCAAAACUUGAAACCAUACGCUCAUUGAAAACAGAUGGUACUUGCGUGGAUAUCGAAUGUGUUAAAACAAAGUUGUUUGUUUCAUUUCGUAAACCGCUUAAGUUUCAGGUUCUUGAUCUUACAGGCAAAAUAAAAAGUACGAUUUUACCCGAUGAUGCGAUUACUGGGAACUGUGAUUCACCAAGCCGUAUAGCUGUAUACCAUGACGAAAGUUUGAUAUUCAUAUCAGACUGGAAAAGAAAGACGCUCAUGAGCAUGGACAUGGAUGGCAAAAUGGUGUCUUUAUUUCCAACACCACUAUCCUGGUGCGAACGAUGGCGUUUCAUGUCCGCUUGCGGGUUGCCUUGA